CAAGCACGAUGGUUACGUUAGCUCGUCUGGUUCUGUUGUUUGGGUGCUGCCUACAUGGAAUGGAUGCUUGGAGAUUUGAUGUCAUUGCCAAGGACAGGGUUGGCUUCACCUUCGAGGAGAAGGUUGAUAUAUUAAGAACUCACAAUAACUAUAGAAGGGAGGCCGGUGCUACCAAUAUGAACCAGCUGUUAUGGCACUCUGGACUAGAAAGUUUGGCUCAGAGCUGGACGGGGAAAUGUAUGUGGUAUCACAACUACAGACGGCACAGGAUCCCAGGCUUCGACUAUAGAUAUGUCGGAGAAAACAUGUACUUGUCUCUCACUUGGAUGUAUACGACUAGGGCGCUGGAUCAGUGGCACAAUGAGAAGAAGUUCCUCACCCCGGAACUGACCUGCCGUUCCAAGAGGAUGUGCGGUCACUACGUCCAGAUGGUGUGGUUCAACACGGAAACAGUGGGGUGUUCUGUACGAUACUGCAGCAAAAUGGGGUUCUCGAGAUGGGUCCGGGAUGGUUUCUUCAUGGUCUGUGACUAUGGGCCGCUAGGAAACACCCGUGGAAUUCCGCUAUUCAAAAGGGGCGAACCAUGUUCAGAGUGUCCACCUGGUAGGGUCUGUGUCAACAAGCUAUGCGCUCUUCCGAACUGCAAUAACAUCCAAUGUCAAAAUGGCGGCCAGCUGAUCCAAGAUGUCUGCAUGUGCAACUGUACCAACACCGGGUAUGACGGGGAAACAUGUCAGACAAGACUUUCCGGUUAAUACACCGCAUGGCAUCCCGAGUGAUCAUCCACACGAAGAUGCUGCUUUUUAUCUAUUACCACAUUUAUCUAUCAUUCGUGUUCUCUGUUUGACAAAUAUCACUGUUUUCCUUCAACAUGUGCUUUAUACUUUCUGGCAUUACACAAUGGUUUUAUAGCAUUUAUUUACUCUGUCUGAAGCGUCAGUGUAACAUUCAUGAAAACAACAUCAUCGUCAAGGGGAGUUCCUUCAAAGAGCGUUUUACCUUCCAGUCAUGAUCGCCAUGCAGGUUUCAAAAGUUCAUUUUGUUAUUCAACAGACCCAACAAAACGACUGCAAUGUGAAAUAGAACAAUCGAGAUCACCAGACUGACAAGUUUCUGGCCAAAUGUUACAAAUGUUCUAUUUGGUAUUAAACGUUCAUAUUUGGAACUCAAGUACUGUUUUGGGUUAAAUCCCAUCUCGGAUUCGAACACACCCCUCGUAUUUGUACACUAAGAAAGUGUAAUCCCAAAUGCAACACAUAUUACCUUUGGCCACUUUCUGAAAGGCAUUGUGUUGUCAGAGCUUUCGGACGUGUCUUUUUAACACUGUCAGACGGAACACAAAGUGCUUGUUCUAGACCAGAAGUUGUUAGACUUCCAUUUAUGUGGAAGUAGUGGGGGCUGGGUCGGUUAGAUUGUCCCUCUCUGAGAGUUUGCGUUGGCACCCCAGACUUGACCCCAAAAAGCACUGGAAUCGGUACUUCACCUGCGAAUCAGGAGUACAAAAUGUAAUUCUUUUUGAAAAGGCACUGCGUAUUCAUAAUUUCUGGGUAGUUCAAUGUUCUUGCAGUUAUUACAGGAUCAUUUUCGGUUUAAUGAUUUUUUAAAUAGUUUUGUGUGUACUUCAUUACAGUCCCCAUUGUGAAUAUGAGGUUGUUGGGACCGUUUAGUAGUGCCUUGCUUAAAGUUUAAUUCUUUAGUCCAAAAGUUGCCUCUAUUCCUCAGAUAAACUGUGUGAGGGGGUGAAAAACAAAUUGAACAUUAAUUCGACCUAGCCCUGGGCUAAUAUGUUAAUAGUUAAUUGUCAAUCUACAUUAGAUCCUUCAUUUUUGACUAAACAUAUUAUUUCUGUUUUUAUAAUUGUCAUUGGCCAUGCUUUCGUGUUUGUCUUGUAUUCUGUAGCUACCAGCUCCGCUUCAUACAUUGUAUGACCCUCUUCCAUUGUAUUCAGUGUUGUCAUGUGUAUUUACCAAGCAAGCGUCUUAUCUACUAGAUAUAUAACUCCAGCCUUUGAGUCUAAAAAUAUUGUAAUUUGCUAAAAUGCUGAUCUUCACAUUCUAAUGAAGAUAGGUUACCCUAUGGAUGUGUGUUUUAUUUCAACAGGACGUUUUCUCAAGCAAUCACAUGCCACUGCCAUAUAUCCUAAAACGUCAUAUUUGAAGAACAAAAAUAAAUCUUGUCUUCAUCAGAAUGUAAAGAUCAACAUUCACAUGUAACUACAUGUCUCAAGCAGACAUUUAGCAUUGUCAUCUGUAACGACACUUCGCAUUGAAAGAAUAAAGCCAUUGAAAAUCGCA